CUCUAUGAGGAGGAAAUGGGAAAUCAUAAUGAGAAAACAAGGGAGAAGCUCCAUUUGGCCCAGGAGCAACUCGCCUUGGCCGGGGACAAAAUCCUCUCCCUAGAAAGGAGCUUAAACCUCUACAGGGAUAAAUACCAGACUUCCCUGAGCAACAUCGAGUUACUGGAGUGCCAAGUGAAGAUGUUGGAGGGGGAGCUCAGCAGGAUCGUCGGUCAGGAGCCCAAGAACAAGGGUGAUCAUUCAAAGGUGCAUAUAUACACUUCUCCCUGCAUGAUUCAAGAGCAUCAGGAGACCCUGAAACGACUAUCUGAAGUCUGGCAGAAGGUCUCUGAACAGGAUGAUCUAAUAAAGGAACUUCGAAAUAAGCUAGCCUGCAGUAACGCUUUGGUUCUGGAGCGUGAAGAGGCUUUGAUAAAAUUACAAGCAGACUUUGCUUCCUAUACAGCCACCCACCGACAUCCCCCUAGCUCCUCAGAAGAUUGUGAAGACAUCAAAAAGAUACUGAAGCACCUGCAGGAACAGAAAGACAGCGAGUGCCUGCGUGUGGAGGAGUACCAGAACCUCGUGAAGGAUUUGCGCAUGGAGCUAGAAGCCGUGUCGGAACAGAAGAAAAACAUCAUGAAGGACAUGAUGAAGCUGGAGCUGGACCUGCACGGGCUGCGGGAAGAGACAUCUGCCCACGUGGAGAGGAAGGACAAGGAGGUCGUCAUCCUGCAACGGCGACUGCAGGAGCUGCAGGUGCAGUUCACUGAGACCCAGAAGCUUGGUUUGAAGAAAGACAAGGUCCUCCAGGAGAACGAUGAAAUGCUGCACGAGCUAGAGAAGGACCUGGCGCAGGUUAAGAACACCCUCAUAAAAAAGGAGAUGGAGUUGGAGAAGCAGCAAUGCAUGACAAGUCAACUCGAAAUUGCCAUCCAGGAGGAGAGACAGGAUAAGUGCAAGGCCGAGUGUGGGCACCUGGGAGCUGAGAUCAAGAAGCUGAAGGACUGUCUCGAAGAUGCCAAACAGCAGCACAGGCUGGCUGCUCAGCAAGCAGCCCAAUAUAAAGAAGAGGCCAUUCUGGCAAAGGGUAACCUGGAGGAUUGCCAUAGGAAGCUGCAGAAGGAUUCCCUAAUGGCUGAGGAGGAACUCGCACUCAGCAGGAAACGGAUAGAAGAGCUGACAUCAGAAUUAUCUGAGUUCUCGAGAAAACUUGAAAUUUCAGAGAAGGAAAAGAGGCAGCUUCAGAAGACAGUGACUGAGCAGGGUGUAAAACUGAAUGACCUGCUAGAUCGUAUAAAUCACAUUCAACACCAGAACAGGAAGCAAGCCUCCUCCAAAUGCAGUCUAGAAGAACAGCUCCAGGAGGAAACCAGGCUGCUGGAGGAGAAACGGGAGCAGUUGAAAAAGAGUAAAGAGCAGGAGAAGCUACUGGAGCAAGAGCUCGAGAUAUUCCGACAGGAAGAAAAAAAGAAAGAAAAGAUGUCAAAGGAGAAUUUGAGAAAGUUGGAGGAGGAAAAUGAUAAUCUCAAAUCACAGUUAAAGCAAUGUUCUGCACAACUGGAUUCCUCUCUCUGCAAACAAAACAGCACCCAGCAAAUCAACCAGGAGCUGACUCGUAAGAUAACCCUUCAGAAGGAGACCAUGGCGAGUCUGCAGAUUCAGCUGGACAAGGCUGCGGCGAAAGAGAAGCAAUACCUCCAGACCACGGUCAGUAAAGAAGUCUAUGAGGAGGUAUGCCGGAAGUCAGCCUCCUGCCAAGACGACCUAACACAGGCCCUGGAGAAGCUCAAUCAUUCGACCUCAGAGACAAACAGUCUUCACCGAAGUCUGACACAGGCCCAAGACAGGAAGAUUCAGCUGGAAGAGGAAGUCAUUGCUUACGAGGAGAGGAUGAAAAAGCUGAAUGUGGAGUUAAAAAAACUGCAGGGCUUCCAGCAGCAGAGUGAGCUAGAGGUGCAGGCCUUCGACAAAAAGCUGGAGGACAUGAGCAACCAGGUGCUGCAGUGGCAGAAGCAGCACCAGAGCGACCUCAAGAUGCUGGCCGCUAAAGAGGAGCAGCUCAGGGCGUUCCAGGAGGAAAUGCGCGCCCUGAGAGAGAACCUCCUCGCGGACGAGAGGGAGUCCUGUUGCCUGCCCCAGCGGUCUGCGCCCAAAGAUACCUGCACGCUGCACCGAGAGAAUGAUCAGAUUAUGUCCAAUAUGGAGCAAUGGGCAAAAGAGCAGAAGAUCGCCAAUGAGAAACUAGGAAACAAGCUCCGUGAACAGGUCAAAUAUAUCACCAAGCUGACUGGUGAAAAGGACCACCUCCACGAUGUACUGGUCCAUCUGCAAAAGGAAAACACGAAACUAAAGAAUGAAAUAGAGGAGAAGAAGCUGAAAGCUGGGCCCUCAAGGGUAUAUACCAAAGCCCUAUGCCCAAGCAAAACAGACCCCACAUCAAGGGGGAAAGUGUACGGCACCUUGGGCUGGAGGGGGAUAACCCAAGCUGUGAGCCAAAGAAUGGACAUCACCAAGUCUGUCGGGAUGCCCCACUGCUCAGGUUCCUCAUAUUGCUAG